AUGUCGGAAAAGAAGAAUGACAUUUCACCAGUCGCGGAGCCCAGUGUACAUGAAGGUCAGAUGGCUGCCGAAAAGCAAAUGCGCGAUAUCGGCGCCGAUUUGUAUCUUGAAGUGCAGCAAUAUUCGAGAGAAGAGCUGGAUGCCGAGAGGAAAAUCGUUCUGAGGAAAAUCGAUUGGGUCAUUAUGCCAAUUGUUUGCAUGACCUACAUGAUACAGUUCCUAGAUAAGUUAUCAUUGAAUUAUGCUUCAGCCUAUAACCUCAUCCCUGAUCUUGGGCUCCAGGGACAGAGGUACUCAUGGGUUGCGGCAAUCUUCAACUUUGGGUAUCUAUUCUGGGCCCUACCCGCGAACUAUUUGAUCCAACGACUACCAGUCGCCAAGUACACCGGUACUAUGAUUGUUAUCUGGUCCGUCCUCUUGUGCUGUCACGUCGUAGCGAGGAACUACGCUGGCAUACUGGUACUCCGCUUCCUGCUCGGCAUGUUCGAAGCCAGCAUCUCUCCCGCCAUUAUGAACAUCGUUUCCAUGUUCUAUACACGCGAGGAGCAGCCGCUACGCAUGUGUAUCUUCCUCUCCUUCAAUGGCAUGGCGACCAUGGUCGGCGCGCUCCUUGGAUACGGACUAGGUCAUGCUCACGGUUCCUCCCUCAAGACAUGGCAGCUCAUUUUCCUUGUCAUUGGGCUGCUCAACUUUGUGUGGGCAUGGGUGUUCCUAUGGAUCAUGCCCGACAGCCCCUCCACGGCAAAGUUCCUCACGCACAAACAACGUAUCGUCGCUAUUGAUCGCAUUGCUGGCAACAUGAUUGGUGUCAAGACAAAAGAGUUCCACAAGUCCCAGGCUAUCGAAGCACUUCUGGACGUCAAAGUGCACUGCCUUAUCCUCAUUGGCCUUGGAUGCGGCGUCGUCAACGGCGGAGUGUCAAACUUCGCCUCCUCGCUCAUCAAAGGUUAUGGAUUUUCAGGGAUCUACACAACAUUGCUACAACUCCCCACCGGCGCCUUUGAGUUCUUCGUAGUACCAAUCUGCGGGCUUGCCGCUGGGUAUUUCAGAAACUCGCGUUGCCUCAUCCUUGCCUUUAUCUGUCUUCCACCUCUAGGCGGCCUCCUCGGUAUCCGCCUCACGCCUUUAUCGCACCGCUGGUCUCUCGUCGGCUGCACAUGGCUACAAUACCUCGUCGGCGCGCCCGUCAUCCUUUCAUGGAACUUGCUCACGACCAACAUCGCGGGUCACACGAAGCGCAGCACUGCCAACGGACUGUGGUUCGUAUUCUACGCUGCAGGCAACAUUGCGGGCGCGAACAUUUUCUUCGCACGAGAGGCACCAAGGUACUAUUCUGCGCUUACGGGUCUUAUCGUGUGCUAUGCGGUGGUUGUGGUCAUUGCACUGUUCUUGAGGAUGUACAUGACCUGGGAGAACCGGAGGAGGGACCAGAAGUGGGGCGCUGGGGAGGGAGAGCAAGCAAUGGAGGAUGGGUUCAGGAACCAGACGGAUGGGCAGGCUAAAUGGUUUAGAUAUGCGUUGUGA